AUGCUGUGCCUUGCAGUGGUCACGUUAUUCCAAGCAACUCGGGGAGAUGGACAGACAUCGUUAGGACUUGGUGCUACAAAUCCGGCCAAUUUUCACACGGAGAAAAGCUCCGAUAUAAAUACCAAUAUAAAUAUGGGCACAAGCUUCCACGAGUUGGAACAGGAACACACAAAUAUGCAUGCCAACACCAGAUUACAAGGUGACGAUUUACCAAAGCUGCCGGAAGGUCAUCAAGAAGCAACAGAAGGGAAUCGAAGCGAGUUUCAUCGUGUGCAUUUAGUCGAGGUGAAAUUCGAAGAAGUGGAAAGUCCAUUCAUCGUAUGCUGUGUUGUGCUAAUUGCAGCCCUCAGUAAACUUGGUUUUCAUUAUUCAAAUUUUUUAUCGUCGAUUGUUCCAGAAUCAUGCAUGCUAAUCAUUGUUGGAACAAUUGUCGGGGCUAUUAUAUAUUUCACUCAAAUUGCGUCCGAACUUCCAAAACUGUUUACUCCUCAUCAAUUCUUUAUUUACCUGCUGCCACCAAUUAUCCUCGAAGCAUCAUAUAGUCUCAACGAUAGAGUCUUUUAUGAAAAUCUGGGAAGCGUUUUAAUAUUUGCUGUUAUUGCUACCAUUUUGAAUUUUUUAUUCAUCGGUUUUACUCUCUAUGGCCUCGUUGUUGUUGGCGCCAUGGGCGAAAUAAACAUCCAAUUCAUUCCAAUACUGGUUUUUAGUUCGUUAAUAGUCGCUGUUGAUCCAGUGGCGGUAUUGGCUGUCUUCCAAGAAAUGGGUGUAAACAGUGUUUUAUAUUUCCUCGUCUUUGGUGAAUCACUUUUAAACGAUGGCGUCACUGUGGUUUUAUAUAACGUCAUGCAGACAUAUAAUGAGAUGGAGGUCAUUGGAGGAGAACAGGCAAGCUAA